AAUAGUACCAAGUCGGCGGUGGGACAGAUAGGCAGUUCUCAAAAUGAAAGCGAGUGCUUUUGUAGUGAUUUUUUAUAUUUUACUGCACCAAAACACACACUUUAUUUGCGCAGACUCUGAAAAAAAUGUAACAGAUACAAAUUCAAAUGAAUUCAAAAAUUGCGAAGAGUUUUGUUAUUCCGAUAACGAAUACAUAGACAUUUUUUUUGAACGUCAUGAUAUCGAUUACGAAUUUAAGUUAGAAAGAGAGCAGGAUAAACUAACAAAAACAUUAAAGGAUUUAAAAGGCCUUACGUAUUCUAAGCGAUGGCUGUCUAAUCAGCUUUUACAGUGUAAGGCCACGGGAAAGGUUUCGAAUGUACCACCAUACAAUCCGAGAGAAAUAUACAAAAUGAAGCUCCGUGGAAUGACACCCUUUGAUGGACCCUGCGCUUCGGGACCUGGAUGGAUACUAGUUCAAAGACGAUUCGAUGGAAGUGUGGACUUCAACCGCACCUGGGAUGAGUAUAAGGAAGGAUUUGGCAAUAUCCAAGGGGAGUUUUUCAUGGGGCUGGAUCGAUUGCACUUGAUGACUUCAUCGGCGCAACAUGAGCUUUGUGUUAGGAUUGCGGACUUCGACGGGGAUUCCGCUUAUGCCCACUAUACCCAAUUCGAAAUCGGCAACGAGGAAGAGUCAUACGAGCUAAAAUAUAUCGAGGGAUAUUCAGGAACAGCUGGUAACUACAUAGCUGAAAACAAAAAUAUGAAAUUUUCUACUAUUGAUCGAGACAAUGACAAAGAAAAACACAAUUGCGCAAGGAGUCUCAAUGGAUGGUGGUUUAAAUCAUGUUAUGAAAGUGCUCUUAAUGGCCCAUACGAUGAAUAUGGCAACGCCCCCCGGGACGGAGGAGUAAUGUGGCUCUGGAAAAGGGACUAUUCCCGAUCCGUCACAUUUUCGGAAAUGUUGAUUAAAUCUGUUUAAAUGCUUAACUGAAUAAUAAAUGUCUUUAAUUUUAAGUA